GAGAAAACGCCAAACUUCAAAAGUUAUCAGUCGCUUGAAACGAAAAAACUAUAAAACCCCUGGUAAGCGCUUGAUAAAUUGGUCGACUGUCGAAUUUCCCAAUUCUCCAGCCAAUCGAAAAAUGAAAACUGCAAUUGCUGCUCUUCUUGUCGGCCUUGUCGCCGUCAACGCCUACAAUGUUGAGGUUAAGCACGGAGAUGCCAUUCCAGUUGAAGCUCAAAUGCUUCGUGGACAGGAACUUGUUGAUUACGUCAACAAGGUUCAGACUUCCUUCAAGGCUGAGCUCGGAUCAUACUUCAGCUCUUACCCAGAUACCAUUAAGAAGCAAUUGAUGGGAGCUAAGAUGGUCGAGAUCCCAGAAGAGUACAGAGUUUUCGAGAUGACUCAUCCAGAAGUCGAGGAUGCUGCUGUUCCAGACUCAUUCGAUUCCCGUACCGCAUGGCCAAACUGCCCAUCCAUCUCCAAGAUCCGUGAUCAAUCAUCCUGUGGAUCGUGCUGGGCUGUCUCUGCUGCUGAAACUAUUUCUGAUCGUAUUUGCAUUGCGUCAAAUGCCAAAACUAUCCUUUCCAUCUCUGCUGACGAUAUCAAUGCUUGCUGUGGAAUGGUCUGUGGAAAUGGAUGCAAUGGUGGAUAUCCAAUUGAAGCCUGGCGUCACUAUGUUAAGAAGGGAUACGUUACCGGAGGAUCUUAUCAAGAUAAGACUGGAUGCAAGCCAUACCCAUAUCCACCAUGUGAACAUCACGUCAAUGGAACUCAUUACAAGCCAUGCCCAUCCAACAUGUACCCAACUGACAAAUGCGAACGCUCUUGCCAAGCUGGAUAUGCUCUCACCUACCAACAAGAUCUUCACUUCGGACAAUCUGCAUACGCCGUCUCAAAGAAGGCUGCUGAAAUCCAAAAGGAAAUCAUGACUCAUGGUCCAGUUGAGGUUGCAUUCACUGUCUACGAAGAUUUUGAGCAUUACUCCGGAGGAGUCUACGUUCAUACCGCUGGAGCCAGUCUUGGAGGACAUGCCGUAAAGAUGCUCGGAUGGGGAGUUGAUAAUGGAACACCAUAUUGGCUCUGUGCCAACUCAUGGAAUGAGGAUUGGGGAGAGAACGGAUAUUUCCGUAUCAUUCGUGGAGUUAACGAGUGCGGAAUUGAGGGAGGAGUCGUCGGAGGAAUUCCAAAAUUGUAAAUCUCGAAACAUUGUGUUUGUGAUUGCAACUUCAAUGCCUAUUGUACAAUAUGUAUUCGAUUUAUAAAUAUUUGAAUUAUUCUUAUAUUUUCUGUUAACAUUUGCAUACAAACUUGAAUUACAUAUUUUUUUGUCAAGAUUAAUUCGAAUUCUGUUUCUUUUGUUCCAAAAUUCAAAUUGUUUGAAAAGGGUUAUUAUAAUAU